CGCCGUGUGGAGCAUGGGGAGCUGCUGGCUGCGCCUCGCCGCGCUGCUCGCCCUGGGCGCCCGGGCCAGCCUGGAGUACGAGGGAUCGGGAUAUUCACUCCUUGAAGAUGAUGAGGAUGUUUAUGCACGCAGUAGAUACAAAGAAACACCGUGGUGCUCCCCCAUUAAAGUGAAACAUGGUUAUGCAAACUGCAGGACGCCUCAAGGGGAAUAUUACAAGAAUGUGCUGGGCACAAGAUGUGAUAUUCGCUGUCAGAAAGGCUAUGAACUGCAUGGCCCUCACCAGCUCAUUUGUCAGUCAAGCAAACGCUGGUCUGGGAAGGUGCUGUGCAAACAAAAGCGUUGCCCUACCCUGUCCAUGCCAACCAACGGGGGCUUCAAGUGUUUGGAUGGUGCCUACUUUGGCUCGAGGUGUGAGUACUACUGCUCCCCAGGGUACCAGCUGAAGGGGGACCGCAUCGUCACCUGCAUGGACAACAAAGUCUGGAGCGGCAGGCCAGCCGCCUGUGUCGAUACUGAACCUCCGAGGAUCCAGUGCCCAAGCGUGAAGGAGAAAACGGCGGAGCCCAACAAGUUGACAGCCAGAGUGUUCUGGGACACUCCGGAGGGACGAGACACUGCUGACGGGAUUCUGACAGAUGUUAUUUUGAAAGGCCUGCCACCGGGGUCACAUUUUCCAGAAGGCGACCACAAAAUCCACUAUACUGUGUAUGACAGAGCUGAAAACAAAGGCACUUGCAAAUUUCUUGUUAAAGUCAGAGUCAGGCGCUGUGUGAAGUUAAAUGCCCCAGAUAAUGGCUACAUCAAGUGCUCAGGUGAUGGAAAUAACUAUGGUGCUACCUGUGAGUUCUCCUGCAUUGGUGGCUAUGAGCUGCAAGGAAGCCCAGCCCGAGUCUGCCAAUACAAUUUGGGGUGGUCAGGAGUGGAGCCAACCUGUGCACCCAUGAAUAUUAAUGUGAAUGUUAGGACUGCAGCUGCACUUCUGGAUCAAUUUUAUGAGAAGCGGAGACUGCUAAUUAUUUCAACUCCUACUGCAGCUAACUUCUUCUACAGGAUGCAGCUGGGGAUGCUGCAGCCGGCACAGUGUGGGUUAGACCUGCGACAUGUCACCGUGGUGGAAUUGGUUGGUGUCUUCCCAGCACAGAUAGGAAGAAUAGGAGUGAAGCUGUUGCCCCCAUCACUUGCCCUGCAGCUCAGGCUGCUGCUGAGGAUCCCCCACUACAAUUUCAACAUCGUGGUGAUGGACAAGCAUGGCAUGGACAAGGAGCGCUACCCUUUCCCAGCAACACCAGCUGAGCUCUUUGCUCUUAUUGACAAAUUCCCCUUGAGAAAAGAUGAGAUGAAACUGCAAGCAGAAAUUGGUCAGUCAUGUCCCUAAUUCAGCAUUCCAGGGCCUGCAGUUGUUGGUGAAUUUUUUUUAAUCCACAUAAUUCUCCCCUUGGUGCUACACAAAGCAUGGCUUUUUUAAUCACUGAUGUGAAUGUGUGUAUUAGUAAAUCUGUCCAGCCAUGUAGCUGCUCUGCAUAGAAGGGUGCACGAUUCUCUUUUGUACUUUCAGUCAUCUUUAGAUCAUAGAGUGGCCUGGGUUGGAAGUGACUUCAAAUAUCGAGUUCCAACCCUGCUGCUAUGGACAGGGACAUCUUGCACUAUCUCAGGUUGCUCAGAACCCCAUCCAGCCUGGCCUUGAACACUGCCAGGGAUGGGGCAUCCACAGCUUCUCUGGGAAACCUGUGCCAGGGCCUCACCAGCCGCACAGUGAAGAAUUUUUUCCUAAUAUCUAAUCUGAACCUGUUCUCUUUACAAGUUGAAGCUGUUCCCUCUUGUCUGUCAUUCCAGACUCUUGUUAAAAAUCCCUGUCCAUCUUUCCUGUAGGCUCUGUUCAGGGGCUGGAAGGCCAAAAUUAUGUCAUCCCUAAGCCUUCUCUUUUCCAGGCUGAACAAUCUUCAUUCUCUCAGCCUUUCCUCACAGGAGAGGUGCUCUCUCCCUCUGAUCACCUCGGUGGCCUUCUCUGGACUUGCUCUGACAGGUUGAUGUCCUUUCUCCUGCUGGGGACCCCACAGCUGGAUGAAUGUGGAUAUAGGAUUUACUACCUAAUGGAAUUUCUUGUACAGAGAGUGAAGAACGGUGGCAUGUUUCUGGGAGUUUAUUUUGGAUUUUUCAUUCAGUGUAA